AUGGCGAUGCUAAGGCGAACUCAGGUAUUUGUUGGGGGGACGGCGGGAAUUGGUGCUGCACUUGCUGUGAAGACAGCCAAGUACUCGACCAACCCGAACAUCCACAUCGUCGGUCGUAGCAAGGCUUCAGCUGAGAAGGUACUUGCUGAACUCAAAGCUGCUAAUUCAGACGGGCAUUACCAGUUCCACCAAUGUGAUGUCUCCCUCCUAUCAAACGCUCGUGCCCUCGCUACCACACUUUCACAACAACUCCCCAAAAUCAACCUUCUAGUUCUAUCACCCGGGAUCUUGUCUUUGAAAGGCCGCACGGAAACUACGGAAGGGAACGAUGUCAAGAUGGUGUUGCACUACUACAGCCGUGCCCUUUUCAUCGAGUCACUUAUACCCAACCUGAAGGCCGCAACGGACGCCAAAGAGGACGCACGCGUAAUGAGCGUACUGGAUAGUGUUAGGGGCGACCAUCGCAAGCUAUUAUGGGACGACUUAGACCUCAAGAAGAGCUUCAGUCUGGGGAACGCAGCUCAUCAUUGCAUAUCGAUGACAGAUGUAGCUAUACAGCGAUUCGCUCGUCUUUAUCCUGCAAUCUCGUUCCAACAUUCGCAUCCGUCGGUGGUAGCCACUGAACUUGGGCGCAAUCUCCCAUGGUACGCGUCAGGCCCCGCAAAUGUCAUCGCCAAAGUCUUCGGAAGCACCCCCGAAGACUGCGCAGAGUAUCUUUUCGACGCGUUGUGGAAUGAUUCCAUGAAGAGCGGUGCUCAUUUCGUCGACUCGAAGGGAAAGGAGAUUAAUGGGAAGGUGGAAAGCGAUGAAGGAGUUCAGGAGAAGAUCUGGACGCAUACCGAAUCAAUCAUUGGCAAGUCAUAA